AUGGUACUUCAUGAAUCUGAAAAGACCAAGACGUUGACGAUGGUCCAGUCUCACCCAAAAUUUCGUGAACUCUCCCGGCCAGCUAUUGGGACGCGGGGAGAGGAGGUUGUGGUACACAAGGUGGAGGUGCCGGACUACGUGCGUCAUGGGGACGACAUCGAGCUAAAAUGCCACUGGGAGGCGGCACCCAACAACAACCUCUACUCCCUCAAGUGGUACCUCAACGACCGAGAGUUCUUCAGCUUCAAGCCAGAAGAGGUUCCCAACAUAACAGUGCACCACCUGCCUGGCGUCAAUGUCAACAUGGAGUUGUCGACGGGGGAGCGAGUCGUCCUCACCAAUGUUGAACUCGACUCCACCGGCAAGUACAAGUGUGAGGUGAUCACUGAGGCGCCCAAUUUCCACACGGCAGACAAAAGCGCUCUCAUGACUGUCGUCCAGAUCCCGGAGGAGAAGCCACGGAUCUAUGGUACACUACAUAAGUACCACAUAGGUGACACGGCCCAUCUCACCUGUGUUUCGGCGAUGUCCCUGCCCCCAGCCCGGCUCACCUGGUACAUCAACGACAAAGAGGCUCCGCGACAGUACGUCGUAUUCAUGAACAACAGCCGCUCCGAGCAGAACGGACUGAUGGAGACUCGAAAGGGCCUCAAGUUCGUUGUCUCUCGUGAGCACUUUCACGACGGCGAGAUGCACCUACGGUGCUCGGCCAUGAUCCCCACCCUAUACUACAAGACACAGCAGCACAGCGUCGAGGAUGAACUCACCUACAACGUCCCCGUCAUGGAGUCUCGGGAUAUUUCAGCCUACUCAGGCAGCAGCAGCAACACCUGUUACGGACAGCAGCAGCGGCAGGUGGUGGUCCUGGCGGGGCUGCUCACUAUCCUGCUGGAGGUGAUGAUAACAGGAGUGUUGGCGUUCUCUCCCAGCUGACUCUUCCCCACAGUUUCUCCAACACCCUUUACUCUCCUACACUCAGUUGCGCCCUCACUAGAGUAAAUUGCUCCCAGCUAAGAAGUUUAGUACAGGAAGUAACCUUCUUGAUUAUGGAUUCAGACACAGUGAUCCCGUAUAACUUCCUGUGAGGAUUAAAGGCAGUACAGCUCUCCAAGUCAGAUUCUAGAACUAAAAAUAAGUUCAUUGUAAAUCCUUGUAUAUUUUUUUUUUCUAUUCGUCGUCAAAAUAGUUACAGAGCAGAAUGUUGUUUAUGGUAGGGCAGUGUGCAGUUACACGCUGACCAAAGAACGUUCUCGUGUCUGGCUCCUGGAAACUGUCACUGUAACAUGAGCCAGUUUUUAGCUCACUGUAAAUAGAGAAAAUUGUCCUGCAGUUACUCUGCCGUAGGUUCAAAAUUGCUAAUAUUACAUAACUUAUUAUGACCCUCAUUGUUACCGUAGCUUUUAUUUGGCUGACCGUAACAUUGUGCGAAAACCGCAGCAGGUUGAAAAAGAGAGAUAUUAUUAUAUACUUGUAAAUCUGCCUUUUACGAUACUGAUUUUUCAGUGAUUGUUUUUUCCAGCACUGAAAGACUAUAGUCGAGUUUAUAGUCUUCCUCAUGAGAGUUAAGUCACUGUAGUGUAGUCACAGUGUAGCUACAUUUAUAACUGUAUUCUUUCAGUUUUACUUCUUAUGUGCGUAUUCUCUACUGUUCUUCCACCUUUGUAAAUGUGUGACGAAGAUAGAACCCGGAUAUGACGACUGAAGGAUGGAUAUACCUGUGUCGUGUAGUCAGGUGUUCUCAACCGAGCGUCCACCCGAGUCGUUGUGUCCUCCUGGAAUAACAUAACAUUGUACCUUUAUAGAUUAUCCGUAUUUUGGGGGACAAAAUAUAUAUUUUUCACAUAGUCAUCAAUAAUGAUGUUUCACAGACAUCUAUUAAACAUUAUAUUAAUAAGGCUACUAGUCGUUGGUCUUUUAACUCUCGACUGGUGUGACCUGAUGGUGGGAACGUGUUUGCACUAUAUCAGUCUUGACCAACAGGAGGAACGGUAUUUUCGUCACUCAUCUCCCGGGGGAACUUUAAAGGUGAAUUAAGUCAUUGGACGUCAUUUUCUAAAUACUUGUACAUACAGCCAUUUAGUGUUCAAAAUAUUAUCAUAUAUUUAAGUUGAAGACGACAUCACAGGGAGACAAGUGAUCAUUGACAGCAGGAGGUGAGGAAUAUCUCUCUAAGGCUAAUGUAACUCUCAUAUCACAAUUAAUUACAUAAUUUAACGUAUUAGAUCUGAGAGUAACACUGUGAUAGCAUCUCACUGUCGAAGACGAAGUAUCUGAUACGUUUUGUACGUAUCUGUAGAAGUAAUGGAAACUACUCGGCGAUUAUUUCCUUAUGUUAAACUCUUCACAUGUUUUACGUGGUAGAUACGUGAACAAGUUUUGCACGUGCGCGUCACAAGACAAAAUUACUGUAAAUAUAUAAAUCAUAAAUGCCUCUCAUUCGUUUUAUAUAGUUAUAUCUUGUGAGAGUAAGUCGAUAAUAUGUUUAAAGGAGGUUACCCAUGUACUACGUGUAUAUUAAUGUUUAUUACUGACACAUGCUCUCUACCCCAGCCGAGUCCUUAAACACACACACACACACACACACACACACACACACACACACACACACACACACACACACACACACACACACACACACACGGAUUAAUACGCACAUACAACCACACGCAAAAAUCUACUUUAAAUGAUAACUUGGUCAUGCAGCUCGUUUUUAUACUGACGUGUACGGUCUCGGGGUAAGAAUAAGAGGAGCACUCAGUUACGUGACUAUUUGUAGCGACAAUAAGUAAUAAAAGCCUCAGGAGUAGCCAAGUGCAAAUCUCCUGACAACAACAUCGGAUCACAUUAUGAGAAUUAUUAUCCGACCGUGUAAGAAAAGGGUUCGGAUGGAAAUUGUAUUAUAGAUUUUAUUUCGUUUGGCAUUUCUCAAUACCCGUAUAAAUAUUAGAUUAUACCAGAUACUACAUAAAGCGCUUCUUUCGUUCAUUUACAAAUGCUCUGCGGUGCUGAUGUAUAUGAAGCGCUUCGUGAUAUUAGUUGUAAAAUGUUAUUUCUUCGAGUGGUUAGGAUGUAAACAAACACCCACGCUAAGGCCUUCCGGUCCACUUGGAGGAUUCAUGACAAAUUGUUUUUUGACCAAGUGUGUGUUUGUUUCCUCUUUCAUUUUUAUUCAUAUUGAAGUUAGACUAAGUGUGGUUAUUAUCUGUGUCUUGCUAUAUUAAGACGGACUAUUUUCCGCAUAAUGUGUGAUGUACAACUAUUGAAAUGGUGUCUAUGAAGAACACAGGGUGGUUAUUUAGGGACUCGGAAACAACAGCACUGAAAAAAAUAUCACAAGAUAUAUUAAUGCUUCUCAAGUCCAACACACAAUUAAUUGACUUGACCCCACGUGAAGUUUACCUUCCCAAGUGGAGAUUUUGACCUGUUUAACCUGUGAUAAUAUGUUCUCGUGUCGGCACUGGUCAUUGACCUGCUGUUCAGUAAUUUCAGCGCCGACAUGACGACCCAUGUUACUUGUCAAGUAAAAAAUUACGCCACCUUGGAUCCGCCACUAUUAUGAAAUAUAGUAUUUAUUUAAUAUGAUCUAAAUCCAAUUUGGUGAAACACAACACCUUAAAGAAAAUCCUCCCCAGAGUGUUCAUAGCAUCAGGUGGAAGUAAAAUGAACUGUAAAUGAACCUGAACACUUAAUGAGCUCUAGAAUAUUGUGUAUUAUUUGAUUACUGGCUUUGGCUAGAUACUGUAUGAUGGUCUUUUUAUAUGUUCAUAUUUAUGAUUGUGUUAAUAUGUGAUCCUAUAUAAUACAUAAACAGUUUUCUUUAUUAAAAUCUUUUGAUAUAAUAAAUUAAAUAUUUCACAUGUCCUAGGGGGGUUUUGUCAUGGAGUUGUGCCAUUUUUUCCUGUGCCAUUUUAUCCUACAUUCGGUCAUUGGACACCGGGGAACAGCUGCUGAACUGUUCGGGCUACAUACAACACCAUCCCCUCCCUCUGCCCUGACAAAACAUUCACCCGGUGAUAGGCCUCAGUGUUGGUGGUAAAUGGUUGUACUGUACAUGUUACAUCUGUCCAUUAGAUUUAUCAUUUGUUUCUAAUUAUUAAUUAAACAAAAAAAUUACACGUACGUGAGGUCUAGAUAAUAACUUUAGUGACUUUCUAAAGACGCACAGAGCAGAAACCAUAAAUAUUGUUUAUCUCGAGUCCGUUUAUAAUCAUGUUCUUAAACAGUGUCCAUCAUUAGGCGCUGUAACCUUUAUCACAACACCUGCAAAAUCGAUGCACCAGUAAACAUUAGCUAUUUCAGCCAGCAAGCAUAAACCAUAAUCCCCACCAAACACCACCUCAGAACCUCAACAUCAACAAGUGUCAACCACGCCAUCAACUUGAGUCAACCACUCCACGACCAAAAACGCCAUCAAUAAGCAUCACCAGACUACCAACAGGAGUUUAAUACGCUUACAGUAAGUAUCGACAAUACCACCAGGAAGAGGAUGAGCCACUCAGAGGGUGAUGAACAUGAGGGCCAGUUGUCGCUCACGUACUGUCAUGAUGUGUGGUGGUCUUCAUGGACCUUAGUCAGGUUUAAAUGAAGUUUAUAAAUUGUUCUUAGUGUAUUUGUACAUAUAUCAUUAAAAAUAUGUUUCAGAGGUU